GUCCGAUGCUUAUACAAUUCUCCAUUUUCGGCAUAUUCCAACACCAAAAAUAACACUCUGGGCUCUAUUCUUUUUGAAGCGUUACUAAAAAUUUGUGGUUUCGCAUACCGGACGCAAGCCAGAGACGUAUGACACUCUGUAGUACGCCUGAUUACUGGCACCUGAAAUGAUCAAAGACACAGGUUAUGACCAAUAGAUAGAUUCGUGGCACUUGGAGUGUUGUGUUAUGAAUUCUUGGUUGGGGAGCCUCCUUUUAUGGUUCAAGGUAGAUUAUAAAAUACCAAAUCAAAUCUCUUCGGAAGCUAAAAAUCUCAUUUCGUCUUUAUUACAGUCCGAUCCUGAGAAACGUUUGCCCCUCGAUCAUGUUACAACACACCCAUGGAUUUUGAAGAAUAAGUAAUCAGUUUAUGGAAUAUGAAAGAAUUUGUA